AUGGCCGCCUGUCCUCACACCACCAGCGUCCGCCUCAACGUGCCCCAUUCAAACGCUCAGAUUUACAAGGACGAAUGCACCGUCUGCUUCGACAGUCCCGAUAACGAAGGUGGACUGGACGUGUGUCUGUCCUGCUUCAACGGCGGAUGUACCGACCCUGACCGCUACCAUGCUAUCCAACACUACAACAAGGAGGGCCACCCACUCGUUGUCAACAUCAAGCGCAUCAAGAUCCAGAAGGAUGUCCGAGACGGCGAAGAGCCACCCCAGAAGAUCACAAAGAUUGCUAUUCAGGCCGAGAAUGACGCCGACAACUAUGAGUACUUUACCGAAGUCAAGUGCUACGAGUGUGGUGGCGUUGAAGUCGACAAGACUGUUGGCCAGAUCCCCAAUGUGGUUGAUGCCAUCAUGACAUCCCUGUCGGCCUCUAGACAGUCCGAGAUCAAGGCCUGGGAAGAGGAAAUAAUCUCAUGCGAUCACAUUCGCAACAUCCAGCAGGAAGCCGAGAAGGUUGUUUCAGCAGAAAACGCACACUGCGCUACCUGCGAGCUCGGCGAGAACCUGUGGCUGUGCCUUGUUUGCGGUAACCUGGGAUGCGGACGUCAGCAGUUUGGUGGAAUAGGAGGCAAUGGUCAUGGCUUGGCCCACUUCGAUGCCACUGGACACGGUGUCGCUUGCAAGCUUGGAACUAUUACUCCUGAGGGAACCGCAGAUAUCUACUGCUACCACUGCAACGAAGAGCGCUCUGACGACCAGCUUGGCGCACAUUUGGCGCGCUUUGGCAUCAAGGUCGAGUCACAGCAAAAGUCGAUCAAGUCUUUGACCGAAUUGUCCUUGGAGCAGAACCAGAACUUCAACUUCAACAUGUUCACUGAGGAUGGCAAGUCAUUCGAGCCCCUGUUUGGGCCUGGCUACACUGGAUUCAAGAACCUUGGAAAUAGUUGUUACAUGGCCUCCGUUCUUCAGUCAGUGUUCGAUCUCCCAGCCUUUAUCUCAAGAUACUUCCCUGUUGACGCGGGACACUUGCAGACGUGCAACCAGGUUCCCGGAAAGUGCCUUCAGUGUCAGCUCGCCAAGGUUGCAGACGGUCUCCUGAGCGGACGCUAUUCAACACCAACAAUCUCGGACAGCGGCGAGGUUCAAGGACAGGAUGGAAUCGCCCCAGGAAUGUUCAAAGCGUUGGUUGGCCAUGGUCAUCCUGAAUUCUCUACCAUGAGACAGCAGGACUCUUUCGAGUUUUUCCAGCACUUGAUCAAGAUCAUUUCUCAGAGCGAGCGCACAACUGGCAGAGACCCUACCAAGACAUUCGAGUUCUCCAACGAGCAGCGUCUGCAGUGCAAUGAGUGCAAGAAGGUUCGAUACUCUCGCGACAGCACCACGGCUCUCUCGAUUGCCGUCCCAGCAAACAAGAAGGCGACCUCUAGCGGAGAAGAGGAUGAGUACGAAAGCGUCACAUUCAAGCAGUGCCUAGACGCUUAUGUUGCAGCUGAGGCCCUUCCUUACAACUGUCCCAGCUGCCAAAAGAGCACAACCGCCAUCAAGACGAACCGCUUUGCUUCCUUCCCCGAGGUGCUGGUGAUCAACAUGCGCCGAUUCGCUUACCAGAAUUGGGUCCCAAGAAAGCUCGGUAAGAUUGAUUUGGAAAAGUACCGUGGACAUGGCCAACAGGCUGAUGAAGAGCUGCUUCCUGAGGAUGAACCCGGAGCAGGCGCAGGAGCAGCGGCAGGACCUACGUUUGAUGAAGCAGCACUGGAACAGCUGCAAAUGAUGGGCUUCCCAUUGGUUCGUUGCCAGAAAGCGCUUUUGGCAACCGGCAACCAGGGCUCCGAAAUUGCCAUGGACUGGUUGAUUCAGCAUAUGGAGGAUCCCGACAUUGAUGACCCCAUUGCGACGAGUGCCCCCUCUGGUGGUGCCCCUGAAGCGAACCCUGAGCAGAUUUCUCAGCUGGCGGACAUGGGUUUUACCGAUAAGCAAGCCAAAAAGGCUCUCAAGGAGACUGGUGGUAACAUGGAGCGUGCGGUCGAGUGGUUGUUCAGUCACAUGGAUACACCCAUGGACGACGACGAGGAGGCUGCUCCCGCUGUUGCUGCUGGCGGACAGACUCAGGCGAUUGUGGGCGAUGUGAGCAAGAAGGGCAACUACCACCUUGCCUCGUUCAUCUCUCACAAGGGACCCUCUGUCCACUGCGGACACUACGUCAGCCAUAUCAAGAAGGGCAACCAGUGGGUUCUGUUCAACGACAACAAGGUUGUGGAUGACCCCAAGGCGCCCGUCGACAACGCCUACAUUUACAUCUUCAAGCGGGAGGAUUAA